AUUCUAAUUGCUUACAUGAAUUUCAGGGUACGACCGCUCAGUGAGGCCGAGAAAAAGCGAGGGGACAAAGACUGUGUUAAAAUCCAGCAUAAUUCCUCCUCAAUCACGUUGGGCAAUGCUGAGAAGAGCAAGACCUUCACCUUCAACACCGUCUUUGACCACAACACGACGCAGAGGGAGGUGUUGGAGAAAUGUGGCAUCAUGCAGAUGAUUGAGAUGGCAGUGGACGGCUACUCAUGCACCACGUUUGCCUACGGACAGACGGGAUCGGGCAAGACCUACACGAUAACAGGACCAAUCAGUCAGGACUCCCUUAUGCCUCCGCGGGACAAAUACGGUCUGAUCCAGCGUUCCUUCAGUCAUCUCUUUGACGUCCUGGGUCAAAAGUCCGGCCCCAACAUCACCUUCACCCUCAGUGCCUCCUACUUGGAGAUAUACAACGAGCAGGUGAAGGAUUUGCUGAACCCAUCAGGCAGAGAGUCGCUGCCUGUCAGGUGGUCCAAGGACAAAGGCUUCUACGUGGAGAACCUGUUUGUUGUGGACUGUGAAACGCUGGACGAUUUGUUAGCUGUUUUGGAAGAAGGCAUGGGGCAGAGACAGAUAGCAACCAAUAACAUCAAUGAAUAUUCCAGUAGAAGCCACACCAUUGUGUCUUUACAGAUUGAUAGCGAGAUGCCUGAUCCAGAGGAGGAGAGCCUGUACAUCACCAAGCACGGCCGGCUGAGCUUUGUUGAUCUGGCUGGCAGCGAGAAAGUCAAGGAACUAGGAAACACAGGAGAGUUACUCACUGAGACUACUAACAUCAAUAAGAGCUUGUUAACGCUAGGAAACUGCAUAUCGGCUCUGAGUGAUAACAGGAAGAGGUCCGGGCAUAUACCAUACAGGGACAGCAAGCUCACCAAGCUACUUGCUGACAGCUUAGGAGGCAGUGGUGUCACUCUCAUGAUUGCAUGCAUCACACCUUCAAUGUACUGCGUAUCAGAAUCAUUGAGCACGCUACGCUACGCAAACCGUGCCAAGAGAAUCAAGAACAAGCCUGUUGUCAGAAUGGACCCAAGAGAGAAACUCAUCCUGAGUCUGAAACGAGAGGUCAAACUCCUACGCAACGAGAACAUCUACCUGAGGCAGCGGCUGGAAUUCCCCCUGCCAGCCGGCAACAAGCCUGCCAUGACGCGGCGCGACACGGAGGGCAGCCUCUCCAUCUCAAGCUUCUCUGAGGAAAACUUGUCGGGAGACAAGACGCCCAUACCAGGCGACUUUGAUAGGAGUAAAGGGACGUCUGAGACGUCGUUGGUAAAGGAGGAGAAACGGGAACCUAAGAGGCGAGAUACCAAUAGUAGCAUGUUGUCGACCUUCACGCCCAAGUCUGCAGUGGACAGCAGUCUGUACGAGAUGCUGCAGGAGUACAUGGUGGAGAAUGAGAAGCUAAGAUCGGAGAACUCAGACUUGAGCAACGUCAGGGAGAGGGCCAUGUCCGAACACCAGCACCUGUCCAAAGAAAAUGAUAAGCUGCUCACUAAGCUGGAUCAGCUAGAAAGAGUCUUUGCAGCAUCUCCUGUCUCCAUGAGUCGGACAGUCUCCGGGGUCUCCUCCUCAGACCAGCAUUCUCGAAGCCUGUCUCAGUACUCCUCCAGCAGCACCCCGUCCUCCCAGCAAGGAGGACAGAGAGCCGGCUCACAGGGUAGCUCAUUACUCCAGUCUCCAGACUGGCAGCAGGGUAGUAGAGCUGCUGGCAGUGGCAGUGGUGGCAGCGGUGGGAUUGACAGGCACUCUGGCAAUCAGGACCAGACGGGACCACUCCCCCCAGUAGACAGCAAGAGGGGGGUCCCCAACGGCUACCGGGCCCCCAAGUCCCACCCCUACAACACCCCUACUAUCCCCCACCAGCAGCCCUCCCCUCCCCACCAGCAUCGCUCUCAGCCCCCACCGACGCAUCAAAGCUUCCCUGGUAGUCUGAACUCAUCUGACAGUCAUGGGUUUGAUAGUGGUUCCAGGUCAAAUAAGGCGCAGCAUACCUACCCGCCCACCCAGAGGGGAUCCAACAGGCACAACGACACUGGCAGCAACCCCGACACCAGCCACAGCUUCCCGCCUCCCAAGGCCUACCACAGCCAAGCCUCCCUCAACUCCCAGCACUCCUUGCCUGAAGAAGCCUCCCCCAGGGGGUUGUCAAACCUGAGGCCAGACCCCCAGGCGGCUAGGAACGGCAGAGACCCAGCUGCGAAUGGCGAGACAACUCAUCACGGCAGGCCUCAGCAAAAAGUGGACAUCUACAUCCCUUCCAUACCGUCAACUUCAAAAGAUGUGAACAGAGAUCCAGCACCAAAGAACGACCCAUCCAGCCCACGUUGGGCCAACAAUCACCACGCCAACCUGCACUCCAUCCAGGACCGGCCAAACAAACCCAAGAACCCUCCCAGGAAACCCCUGAAUAAGCCUCCUCACCAGGGUACCGCCGCCUCCUCCCAGGUCAUCAGUGGUUACAGCAACCGAAGCAAGAAGAACGCCUUACAGCAGGGGAAGGAGGGAGGCAAACCCUCUCCCAAGACACAACGGAAAGAUAACUCGGAGCCUCCUGCCAGCACUGAGCAGAACCUGGACAGCAUUCCCCACACCCCUGCUGCCACCCCUCCCCCAGUCAAGUACAAGCCCAAGGGAGCCAGUGAUCUCUUAGCGGCUAAGUCAGGGGACCUGAGCAAGCCACCCCCUGACCCAGAAUCCCUCCAAGAAAUCAACGAGAAGCUGAGACAAGAGCUGCUAGACUUGGACGGUGAGAUCCAGUACAUGAAAUAUGUCAACAAGUCCAAAGGUAACGCUGCUCAGCCUCCCAAACCAACCAAAGGGAAGAAGAGGUAACAUCAGAUGGGCUCAUGUUUGCAUCAUGCAGAGUUCGAGGUCGGCCGGCCUGUGUUCUCGGUUCCUGGCCAUGCCACAUGAUGGACAAUUGGCUUCCAAAUCCCAUAUUAUCACCAGCAUUAAUUGCAGGAUAUGAUGGGUGCACAUACUGGUUCAUGUGCUUACUAGAUAGAGUCCGUGUCCGAGUCUUGUGCCGCAAGAUUUGACAAACAGGUGGCUUCCAAAUCCAACAUUACACUAUACUACUGCUGCACUUGACCAUCAGCGGGUCGUAGUGACACCAACCUCCCCGGUCAAGGGCAAGAACUUGAUUGGUGACAGCUGCACAGCAUCCGCAACCUACUGAAGCUAAUUAAGCCAGGGAUGACCACGAGGCCUCAUCCAGGUGGCAGGCCGUUGCCAAAGGUGGAACUGGACAGCAGCAUUUAAGGGCAAGACAAGCAGGGGCAGGAGCUUGGAGGCGCCGAACAUGACCAAAUUAUCACCAGCAUUAUUUGCAGGACACACUGCGUAGGCGCGUACUGGUUCGCACGAAUAUGGCUCAAAGUACUUGCAUCUAAUUUUUCUUCUGGAUGGUGCACAAAGCCAGAAUGUCUUCAUGUGAAUGUCAGGCGUCGUCGGCCUGUCUUUCGCCCCUCCGUCCCAGUGGGCCCCCCACUCUCCAAUUCUAACUGUUCAGGGGGUACUGGCGCACCGAGCCCCCAUGGAGAUGUAUGACAAUGUAGGCCAUGAAAAAAGUCUUGGUUAUUUGUGAAAUACUCACAAGCUAUGUAAAGCCAGAGGCUUUGUGCAAAGGAACACAGUUUGCUGAGUACCCUCAGGCUGCUGUUUAGGAUUCUGUGAGAAUUA